AUGGUCAAAUGGGGGACGCUUCUCUUCGGAGCUCGUGAAAGAGACUCACCACAUCACCACGGCGAGACUCGGAGAUUGCUUCCCACUCACACCUCCGACCUUCCACCGUCUGCCUUGCCCGCCAAAGAAGUCACAAAAGUGGCCCUGCGAUUGAAGUACCAGAUCGAGGAAGUUAUUCCCAUCGAACUCCCAGAGGAGAAGAUCGUAGCUGCCAACAGCUCGGUGAUAACUCAGAAAGUGGUGCAGACGGCCAAAGAGGCGGGCGGCACUGACUAUGCAGCCUGCGUGGUAUAUUGUUUACUGGUGUGCAAGAGAUGGUUCACCAGACAAGCCAAUCUGGAGCUCUGGGAGUCCGACCUACAUCACGUCCGUGCGGUGGCCUGCGAAAUGAUUGCCAAACGCAUCAUUGAGGCUGAAGAUGAUCAGGAGUACCUGAUGCAAGAGAUCCUCCUCAAGCGCUACUCGGUCAUCCGCAAAGACGAGGAGACGGCGCCUGCAAAUGUCAUUGAGAGAGCUGUUGACCUGCAUUGCUUGAUCGUCAUUGCCUCCUCUGGCUAUCAGAAAUGCAUCAAGUAUCUUUGGAGAGGCUGGAUUCACCAGGACGACAAGGAUGCCGGCAUCUUCGUCUUCUACAAGGACCGCGCCAAUACCAAUUAUUGGGCCCAUCUGAACCCCGACCGCAUGCGCACGCCCGUGUAUCAAAACGCCCUGCAAAUCACGAUAUCCGUCAUCUAUCUUGCCUUGUACACCGAGGCGGUCAAUACUGUGAACGAGGAUGGCGACCUCGACGUCGUCGAGGCUAUCCUCUAUGUCAUGACAUUAGGCUUCAUCUGUGACGAAAUCGCCAAAUUUUGGAAAGUCGGCAUUUGGUUCUUCGGCUUCUGGAAUGCAUUCAACAACUGCCUCUACGCCCUUCUGACUGCCUCCUUCAUUAUCCGCAUGGCCGCGCUCGGUCAUUCACCCGAUAACAGUGACGACAAGCGUCGCGAACUCAACAGACUGGGUUAUCACAUAUUCUGCAUUACAGCGCCCAUGUUCUGGGGCCGUCUCCUCCUGUACCUGGACACAUUUCGCUUCUUCGGCGCAAUGCUGGUCGUCUUGAAAGUCAUGAUGCGCGAAUCCCUCAUCUUCUUUGCCCUCCUCGUGGUUGUCUGUGUGGGCUUUCUUCAAGCUUUUAUCGGCCUGAACCAAGUCGAGGGAAACAGCAGCAUCACAAGCUUCAUCAUCACCGCCAUGGCCAAUUCCGUCAUGCAGUCACCUGAUUUCGAGGGCUUUGAUAACUAUGCACAUCCCUUCGGCCUCAUAUUAUACUACAUAUUUACAUUUGUGGUCAUGGUGAUCCUGCUCAAUAUCCUGAUCGCAUUGUACAACAGUGCGUAUGAAGACAUCACCGAGAACGCGAUCGACGAGUACAUGGCCAUGUUUGCACAAAAGACGUUGCAAUUCGUGCGUGCGCCCGAUGAAAAUGUCUUCAUCGCGCCUUUCAAUUUGAUUGAGCUGAUCUUUUUGAUCAUCCCUUUUGAAUGGUGGAUGGACCCUGACCGCUAUGAACGAUUGAACAACUAUGUCAUGGGCGUCAUUUAUUCGCCUCUUUUGCUGAUCACCGCUGGUCUAGAGGCCGUGGAUGCCCGCACCGUGCGAAGCAACAGAAGUCGGGGAGAAGAAGAUGAUGACACGAUAGAAGAAUGGGAGGAAAUGGCGGGCGAAUUAAAUUUCGAGUCCGAGGGUUGGGACAAAAAGGUUCAGUCCUCGAGACCUGUGGUCGAGGUCGACGCCGAUGUCCUCGAGAUCAGGCAGCUCAAGGAGCAAGUUGAUGAACUGCAACGGAUGGUGCGGGCGUUGAGUCCCGAAGUUGACCAGAGAUGA